CGGAUAGGGGGCGGGGCCCCGGGCGCAGGCGUGGGGCUGCAGCACGUGGGCGGAGGGCGCUGCCAGGGCUGGCCGCCGCGUUCCGGCGCUCCGGUCUCCUGGCCUAGGCCCACUCCCGGCUCCCGGGCCCGCGGACCCCCCCCGGCCCCGUCCCGCACCCACCGGAGGACCGCGUGCCCAUGCUCACCCUGUGCCUUCCGGCUGUGCGAGGCCUCCACAGAGCUGGUGCUUCCAGGAUCCUGCUCAGAAUGACACUGGGAAGGGAAGUGGCAUCUCCCGUUCAGGCUGUGUCCUCCUACAGUGCAGUAGGCAGGAACGUUCUGAGAUGGGACCUUUCUCCAGAGCAGAUCAAGACAAGGACAGAGGAGCUUAUCGCACAGACCAAGCAGGUGUACGAUGCUGUGGGGACAAUCGACUUGAAAGAAGUAACUUACGAGAACUGUUUGCAGGUGCUGGCCGACGUAGAAGUGAAGUACAUAGUGGAAAGAACCAUGCUGGACUUCCCUCAGCACGUGUCAUCUGACAGAGAAGUACGGGCUGCAAGCACGGAAGCAGACAAAAGGCUUUCUCGUUUUGAUAUUGAGAUGGGCAUGCGAGAAGAUGUAUUUCAGAGAAUUGUCCAUUUACAAGAAACCUGUGACUUGGAGAAGAUAAAGCCUGAAGCCAGGCGAUACUUGGAAAAGUCAAUUAAAAUGGGAAAAAGGAAUGGUCUCCAUCUUUCAGAACAAGUAAGAAAUGAAAUCAAAUCGAUGAAGAAAAGAAUGAGUGAGCUGUGCAUUGACUUCAACAAAAACCUCAAUGAGGAUGAUACUUUCCUUGUAUUUUCCAAGGCUGAACUGGGUGCUCUUCCUGAUGACUUCAUUGACAGUUUAGAAAAAACAGAUGAUGACAAGUACAAAGUUACCUUAAAGUAUCCCCACUACUUUCCUGUCAUGAAGAAAUGCUGUGUCCCUGAAACCCGAAGGAAGAUGGAAAUGGCUUUUCAUACAAGAUGCAGACAGGAAAACAGCAUAAUUCUGCAACAGCUCCUCCCGCUGCGAGCACAAGUGGCCAGACUACUCGGCUAUAACACUCAUGCUGACUUUGUCCUUGAACUGAACACUGCGAAGAGCACAGGCCAUGUGGCGGCCUUUCUAGAUGAUUUAAGCCAGAAAUUAAAACCCUUGGGUAAGGAAGAGCGGGAGUUUAUUUUGAGCUUGAAAAAGAAGGAAUGUGAAGAGCGAGGUUUUGAAUACGACGGGAAAAUCAAUGCGUGGGACCUACAUUACUACAUGACACAGACAGAGGAGCUCAAGUACUCAGUGGACCAGGAGUUCCUCAAGGAAUACUUUCCCAUUGAGGUGGUCACUGAAGGCUUGCUAAGCAUCUACCAGGAAUUGCUGGGACUUUCAUUUGAGCAAGUGGCCGAUGCUCAUGUUUGGAAUGAGAGCGUUUCACUUUACACCGUGAAGGAUAAAGCUACUGAAGAAGUGCUGGGACAGUUCUACCUGGACCUCUAUCCAAGGGAAGGAAAGUACAACCACGCAGCCUGCUUUGGUCUCCAGCCAGGCUGCCUUCUCCCUGACGGCAGCCGGAUGAUGUCUGUGGCCGCCCUGGUGGUCAACUUCUCACAGCCUGUAGCAGGCCGGCCCUCUCUACUGAGACACGAUGAGGUUCGCACUUACUUCCAUGAGUUCGGGCACGUCAUGCAUCAGAUUUGUGCGCAGACUGACUUUGCACGAUUUAGUGGAACAAAUGUGGAAACUGACUUUGUAGAGGUACCAUCACAAAUGCUUGAAAACUGGGUGUGGGACAUUGAUUCCCUUCGAAAGUUGUCAAAACAUUAUAAAGAUGGAAGCCCUAUCACAGAUGAUCUGCUUGAGAAGCUUGUUGCUUCUAGGCUGGUCAACACAGGUCUUCUGACACUGCGCCAAAUUGUUUUGAGCAAAGUUGAUCAGUCUCUCCAUACCGAUGCGUCGCUGGAUGCUGCAAGUGAAUACGCUAAAUACUGUACAGAAAUUUUGGGAGUUGCAGCUACACCAGGCACAAAUAUGCCAGCUACUUUUGGACAUUUGGCAGGAGGGUAUGAUGGCCAGUAUUAUGGAUAUCUUUGGAGUGAAGUCUUUUCCAUGGACAUGUUUCACAGCUGUUUUAAAAAAGAAGGGAUCAUGAAUCCAGAGGUUGGAAUGAGAUACAGAAACCUAAUCCUGAAGCCUGGGGGGUCUCUGGACGGCAUGGACAUGCUCCAGAAUUUCUUGCAACGUGAGCCAAACCAAAAAGCAUUCCUAAUGAGUCGAGGCCUGAAUGCUUCGUAACCUGGGGAUCCUGGGAGCAGUCUGUCUGGAGGACAAGUCAACACCGCCAUGUGGUGCCGGCCUGGAGACUGAGGGAGUUUUAUAAACCAAACUUAGAUUUCUAUUGAUUUGCUUUUGUUUUUAAUUUUAAAAAUUAUACAGAUGUAAAUGGAUUUAUAAAUACUGUGACCUAAGAAAAGACCCGCUAAAAAUAAUUGUACUGUAAAAUUUCAUAAAAAUGGAUUUGAUUUCUUUUGAUAAAAGUUUCAUAUGAAUGUAAUUUGAUUUUUUUACUAUUAUAAUCUAGAUAAUAUAAUAUAAGAGGGCUAAGAAUUUUUAAAUUGAAUCACAUACAUGAUAUAAUUUGAUCCUUCUUAUAUCUAGAAGUUUUAUACUUGAGAUUUCUGGACUGAUAAAUGAAUCAUCACGUUCUCUCUAUUAAAUAUUUUCUCGGAGCCAUGCGCCAGCAUUGACCCUCUGCUCACAGCUAAGUGAGACUUUACCUGCAUGUGUCAAGGCUAGUGGAAUACACCUUGGUGGGGUGUUUGUCUUCUGUACGGUGGCUUCAUGGUUCUCGGCUUUCUGUCAAGCUUAAUCAUGGUCCUCUACGUCGUAGAUUUGGUUUUUUUUCUUUCUUUCUAAAGUUCAAUUAGAUAAUUUUUUGAUUUAGUUUUAACUGGCCCUAAUAGGUAAGUUUUGUGUCUUGCAGUAGAAGCCCAGUUGCGGUCCGAAUGACAGAUGCUGAGUCUCGGAUGCAGUCAGAAAUGAAAGUAGAGCAACUCAGGCAUCUUCUAGAUUUUCAUUUCUCUUAUUUUUGCUGUAUAUUUGUUUCUCUUGAUUUUGCUUUUUGUUGGUUUGUUUUUUGUUUUUUGUUUUUUUUUUAUUUUGUUUGAGGCAGCAUCUCACCAUGGGAGUCAGGUUAGCCUGGAACUCAUGGUAAUGCCCCUGCCUCAGCCUCCCAAGCCUUAGGGUCACAGGUGUGAGUCACCACAUUCAGCUCAGGUCCCGUGUUUUUGACAAGGGAUUAUGACCUUGAUGUGUCACAGUGUGUUAAAGUGUCGUGGGGAGAGGUGACACUGAGUGGAACCAAGAGCUUUAAAAACUCCACAACAAUGUGGGCUGAAGUGGAGCAUUUGAGAACAGCUGCUCCCAAGUGUUCCGUGGGCAGCUGAGCCGUGGGGAAACGCUCUUCAGUAGCCUGUUUCCUAUGGUGACUUGUAAGUGAACCUCCAGAUCUCUAACUCUUUUCAUUGGGGCCUAAAUUUCCAAUUCAGCAAGCAGACAAGUAAGCUAACACCAUUUAUUUUAGCUCUGGGAGUCUACUCAAAUAGGAAACCCAGUAGGAAACUGAGAAGAAAAUGUAAGUGAACUGUGAGUAUACUUUGCAUCAGUCUUCAAGUUGUUUCUUAACACAGACCUGAAGAAUGACUUUACUGGCCUGGGACAAAAUUAGAACGUUUCUGUUCUCUAGACCAAGGUGGGCUUUGUGUUAAAUAAAAUAUCAUGUUGUAUAAUAAAGUUAUGCACAGCACAACCGAGAGCUGGCAAACAGAAGGAAAGCCUUUUUGCGUGUAGUUUGAUUUGGUUUUUGUAGUGCUGGGCAUCAAGCCUGGCUUCUUAACCCAUGACAGGCACGUGCUCAGCUCUCUCCCGCUGUUUCUAUGGGGCGGUAGAAACUUGGGGAAGCUUCUCACAUCUUUCCCUUCCCCCAACUCUUGUACCUUCAGACCAAAAAAGGUAAAGAAAAAAAGCCCCCAAAACAAAAACUCUCUUCAGCAUUUUCUGUUAUUGCCCAGUGUGUCUCCUUCAGAAUAACUUUAUCUUACCUCACCUGGAAAAGCUAAUGAUUGGUAUGUGAAAGACAGCACACAAUAAAGUCACAUCAUUGUCCACGAAAA